UGUACUUCUCCUACUAUAAAUCAAAUUAUAAAUAUAUAUUUUUAAUAUUAAAACAUAUGCUACUGUGGGGGUGUGCAUGCCAUGGUGCAGGUGCACUGUGGCGCCAAACUGGUUCUGCGUCCUCGUGCAAAUAUGUGCACACGCAUAAGUGCACACGUCCCUUCAAAUAACAGCCGUUAGGACUCCGGAUAGUUGAAGAAAAGACUCCUCUGGCUGGAUAAACAUGAGCGAAUUGGCAGGAUUCAACAUUGACGACAUGAUUAACGUUACACCAAUGAAUGGAGGUAAACCUGCACAACAAGUACAAAUUAAACCAAUCUUUAAAAUCCCUAAAACAAGGCUGAUAUAUUUUUACGCCCUGCUGUCAGGUGGAGGAAUGCAGCAGGAGCCUAAAGUUGAACAGUUGAUGGGAAAAUUAAGAAGGCUACAACAAGGUAAAAGAUUCUUGGAAGAAGAAAUUAAGGAAUUGAAGUCUGUCAGUGAUUCUUUGCAGAAUGAGCUGGAAACUUUACAAACUGAAGUUUACCAACUGGAAGGAAUCCAUAAAGAAAAAGAAGAGUUGUGCAGGAAGCUGCAGUUCCAGUGUGAGGAGUCUGAGCAGGACUCUUCCAGGCAGUUAAAGCAGAACAAGAAAAGUGAAGAACUUCUGGAAGAGUACAGAUGUGAAAUCCAGGAAUUCAAGCUUAAACACCGGAAGCAGCGGAUGAAGUUUGAAAACCAACUUCAUCAGCUGAUAGAGCAGCAUAAGAAUCUGCACUCUGUCUUUACUCCAGAAAGGCUCCCAGAAGAAAUAGAGAGUGCUGUGAAUACAAAAAGUCAACUAUUAUCAGCUGAACAAAUUAAGUUGGCUCAGCUGCACCGCCUCGAUGGGGAGCUAGAAGAGAUGAAGAAACAGAAGCAGCCAGUGACAACAGCUGCAGAGACUCAGGAGGAGUAAAACUGUUCGUACGGCAUUUUAAAGAAUCAGAGGUAAUAGUCUUGUUUCCAGUUAGAUGCACUUUGAUCACUUUUUGUCAAGUGAAAACCUCAAAUCUUACAAAUGGCAGCUUCUGGGUUUCAUCAGUCCAAGCGUUACAGAAUCCUUCCUAACCUGUGUGGCAAACUUUUAUUUACAGAAUCUUAGUCACAACUUCAACUGCAAUUUAUAACAUUGACAUCUAAGUAAAAUGUUUGCCUACCAAACUCUGUUCAUUUCUGUGUCCUUGGCUACUUUUCUGUAACUACUUCAUGCUUUUACAUCAACUGUUCUGUAAUGCAUGGGUUUGUUUAUGAAACCAGAAAUAUUUUACAUUGUUACUGGUAAAUUGUGUUUUUCAAGUGCCAGAAGUAGUGUCCUAUAUGGUACUAUCAUCUUACUUAAAUAGUUAAAUAUUGUGUAUUGACAAAAUAUAAAGGUGUUCAUAUAUCUAAAAAAAUAAUAAUAAUAUUAAAGUUUUUUAACAAUGUUGUGAAAUUGUUAAAAACACAUGGGUAUAUUUUAUUAAUCUUUAAGAGCCUAUAAAUAAAAACAGUACAAUAUACACAUACUGUAUGUAUGUGCACACAGCCACAAUCCAUUUCAGUUUGAAAGAGAUUUAAUAAACAAUUUUUUUGCAGUAUUUCAAAUACAAUGUAAUACUAUCUGAGGUUUAAAAAAAAAAA